AUGGUUAGCCCGAUCUGGUUCACCUACGCCCUGCUCUUCUACAAGAUGUUCUACCCCGUCAAUGCCUUCUACUUCGUCGUAACGGGGCAGGUCUUCGACUCAGUGAUCACCAUCGCCAUCGGUUUCUUCUUCGACGCGCCCUUCACCUCGGGUCGCUUCUUCCGCCUGGGCAAGUACAAGACCUGGUACCUGAUCGGCGUGACGGUGCUCAUCGUCUCCUUUCCCGUCUGCUUCUCUGAGCUGCCGAUGCUGGUGGAGACGCCGGCCACCGCCGUCACCAUCUUCCUCCUCUGCAUCUGCCUCUCGCAGCUGGCCUGGUCCUUCUGUCAGAUCGCCCACCUCUCGAUGAUCAACGAGCUGUCGGUGACCGGCGCCGACCGCAUCUGGCUGACCUCCACCCGCCAGACGGCCAGCAUCUACGCCGCCGUCGUCGUCUUCGCCUGCUUCUGGGCGACGUUGCAGCUCAAUGACGGCAGCAAGCUCUCCAAGAGUGACAUCUUCGUCAUUGCGGACAACAGCUUCUACAUGACCGUAGUGGGCGUCGGCCACUCCGUCGUCUUCCUCUUUACUGUCAAUGAAGUGGAGCUGGUGCGCUUGAAGGAGAUCAGGCUGGCGGCUGAGGAAAAAGAGGAAAAAGAGGAGGCACUUUUGGCCAGGGAAGCUGGUGGCAAAAGUGGUCAUCAGCAAAAAACCGAUAAUGAUGGGGUGGUGAUGCACGAAGUGGUAAAACCCGGUGGUGGUCGAUCGAUGGACCAGUUUGGCACCUGGGACUGGUUCACCGACAAGACCUUCUACAAGAUUUGCUUCGUCUACAUGUUUGCCCGGCUGUACAUCAAUCUGCCGGUCACCUAUCUCAUUCUCUACAUUCCUGAGACGUUGUUUCUGAACAAGACGGCUAUCGCUUUUUUGCCACUGGUUAUCUUCGUAUCAGGCUUCCUCUCUACCUUUGCCUCAAACUACAUUGAAAAUGAACUGAGCAAUAAGUACGACCUCUUCUUUGGCAUUCUCUUUGGCAUCGUUGGCAGUCUCUGGCUGAUUGCCGGCAACUGCGACAAUGAGUCCUUUAAACACUGGCAAAUAUACCCUGUGGUCGUCUUCCUGGGCAUCUCCUUCUCCAUGGUCAAGAUCUCUACGCUCAGUCUGGUCUCUGAUAUGAUUGGCCGGAACAAG